AUGAAUGGCUUUCCUGUGAAUGGCUUGGCGCAGUCGUCUUCCUUCACACCCAGCCAGCCCACUUCCGCCCCGAAGAAGUGUAGGACACGGCAAUCUGGCACAGCAUGGACUCGCUCAGGAUGCAUAACCUGCAAAAAAAGGCGCAAGGCGUGUGAUAAGGCCAAACCAAGUUGCAACAAUUGUCUCAAACAAGGCCGGAUAUGCGAGGGCUAUGGCUCUAUAUGGGCAGAGCCACUGGGUCCAUCGGCGCAGGUAUUCUCACAGAUGCAACCUUCAAAGCGCCGACGGCUCAGUGCAUCCUCGCUGUCUCAAUUGCCUUCGCCUGCGCCGUCCCCGUCCUCGGAUGCAUGGCUUGAGACUCGCUUAUCUCCUGGAUCCGGGACUUCCCUGGGCUGGUCUGUUCCAUCUUCUCCUCAGGAAUAUGUAUCACUUGAUGCAUCCACCAGUCCGGUCCAAGAUGUAGAGGAAUACAGUCCUGGCCCGGAUAUUAGUUUGCAUGACUCUGUCGCGGUAAUCCCACAGCCCCAAGGUUAUAUCAGUCAUCUCUCAACGCAUGAGACCCAUUACCUCCAAUAUCACAUGGAGCAGGGAUCCCGACUGCUAGCAAAUCUAGAGAACGAUGAUAACCCCCUGCGGUCGAUGUUGAUUCCUAGGGCAAUGUCAUCACCUCUACUGAUGAAGGCCGUAUGUGCCGUCUCUGCUCUCCAUCUAGCAAAUCGCUCCCAAGGCUUCGGGGCACAUACGGCUGCAGUCAGCUACUAUAGUGGAACGCUCAACGGACUCCGCAAAGCACUGGACAAGUGUUCAACGGAGGUGUUCCCCGAAGAUGCCAUGCUGGCAGUUGGUCUACUAUGCAAAUACGAGAUCGUGCGUGGUAGCGUUAAGCAAUGGGUUGUACAUCUCAAUGCUUUACAACGUCUGAUCGUUUCACGUGGUGGAUUUGCGUCAAUGAAUCGAGAUGCAGCCGAAUUCCUGCGUGGACUAUUCGUAUAUGCUUUUAACAUGGCCCGGAUCAGCAACCGCAAGUGUAUCACUUCUACGGAUAUUUCUGUCGAUAGUGAUAUCGGUAUCCCAAAAUUGGAUAUCUAUAUUGGAUACACAGAGGAAAUCCUCAAAUUAUGUGCACGCAUCGCAGAGCUGCAUUCCCUCCAAGAUAAUACCUUAGCUCUUCAACUCAGCGUUGCGUCCAUAAACGAAUCCCUCAUCACCUGGUCUCACACUUCAACUCCCUACAUAAUUCCCCAAGGGACGUCACCAGCAACCAUAACUCGGCUUCAACUUGUAGCUGAAUGUUUCCGCGACGCAGGAUUUGUCUAUCUCCACUCAAUCAUGGAGCGUAUUAGCAGAAACCAUCCAGAUACCUCCCCAAUCACCAGCCCUGGUACAAUUGUUAACACUAGACUAGAGGAGAGCCCAUCUCUUUCAAGACAAGACUGGCUUCCUCUCAUCUCCACGCCGAAAAGUCUUGCCGUCUACCGCUGUCUUGCCCGCAUUGAAACUUUCCCGCUGGGCGAUCACUGCGAGUUCUCGGCGCUGACGUUCCCACUCUUUAUAUCCGGAUGUGAGAGUGAGAACGUAGAGGACAGAGAGGUUGUGCUUCGUUCUCUGGGCAAGCUGCAGGAUAACUUUGGGAUUGGGAAUGUUAGGCGUGCGAAGGAGUUGUUGAAAAUCUUGUGGGCGAGACAGGAUGCUAAUUUUGAUGCUCAGUUUAAUGGGAUGGGUUGGAAAAAUGUGCACUGGUUGGAUAUUGUUGAGGAGCUGGGAUGGGAAUUGAUUCUUGCAUAG